UGUCACGUGUCCUUUUCUCCCGGUAGCGUUUCGAGGGGUUGGAUUCACAUCGUCAUUGUCAAGAAAUCAAGGCCCGUUCAUCACGAAUAGUCAGCAAGUUCAAGAGGUAUGGCGGAGAAAUGGGCAGAAAGAUUGCUGGAAUAUUCCUCGGGGGCCACAGCCAUGUUGUGUCUCGCUGUGGGUCAUGAGGUCGGCAUCUUCAAGGUCAUGUCUGAUGCUGAAGACAGUCUAACAUCUCAAGACAUUGCUGACAAGGCCAAUCUCAAAGAAAGGUACGUGCGGGAGUGGUUGGGGUGUAUGACAGCGUGUGAGGCUGUCGAGGUCACCGGCGACGACCCACCAAAGUACUACAUCCCAGAGUCCCACAAACCGUUUCUGCAGACAAUUGGGAUUUCUUCAAGUCUGUUUGCAAACUACGCCACAAGAUACGAUGCUGUUAAGGCCUGUUUUCACAAAGAUGGCCCCUCUGGUGUUGGCCAUGAAAAGUUUCCAGGAAUCUUCUCAGUGUUCAACGAGAUGCGAGUUGUGUCCCAGAAGAAGAAUAUGGAGGAUGAGCUACUACCUGCCAUCAGCGAGCUCCUUCCUAAACUAGAAUCUGGAAUAGACAUAGCCGAAAUAGGCUGUGGAACAGGCAUUCUGUCUCGGAGUCUGGCCGAGAGGUUUCCAAACAGCCGUGUUCACGGCAGCGACAUCUCUGAUCAAGCUCUCAGCAUGGCAAGGGAAGGUUCCGCUUCGAAGAACUUAGAAAAUGUUACGUUUGAAAAGGUAGACAUCUGUAACAUUCCAGACACCAUGGUGGCAAAGUUUGAUUUGAUCGUUUGUUUUGAUGUCAUCCAUGACUUGAAUGACCCAGAGAAGGCUUUGAAGGAGAUACAUCGUGCUCUGAAAGAUGGGGGGUACUUCAUUAUGGCAGAUAUACACACAAAAAAGGAAAGAACGGACAUUGUCGGAGAUAUGGGUGCGUGCUCACUGUACGGAAUGAGCACCUUCCUGUGUCUCCCAGCAAGCCUUGAACAAAAUGGCGGAAUCGGACUUGGUGCUGCUUGGAGCAGGGAGCUGGCUGGGGAGCUGAUUAAAAAUGCUGGUUUAAAAUUGAUCAGAGUGAAUCCUAGUAAACAGAGCUCAUGUCUCUUCUAUCAUGUUUGUGUGAAAAACUGAAGAUUUGGUAUUUGUUUGAAUAUGCAGUAGAACAUGAUUAUAGACUUUGGAGUGUUCUGUUGCCAAUAUAGGUGUAGGCUUAUUUCAUUGUCAGUUUAUCACAAUAGUCAUUUUUUCAUUAUACAGAAAGACUUAUUUUUGGAUCCUCUUUCAGAUUUGAAAUCGAAAUUGAGCAUGUGAAUGUGCACAGAUGUGUUAAUAUAUGGUCAUGGUGGGACGAUACAUCAAUUCAUCCCUGGAUCGUGAUUUUUUACUUCUCGAUACAAGUAUCGAUCACAGUCACACACAAAGUAAAAAGUAUCGAUUCUCACUUCAGUGUUUGCUUGAAUAACUGUCACACUAAACACUAAUUAGUGAAAAUUAGCAGUGAAAACGUAAAUAUUUUCAUCCAUUGUGCCAUACUUGACACUGCCAACUGUAAAUUGUCAGUGUGCCAGGUAUUUGGCAAUCCUGUCUGAAAAAAAUAGCUUCGGGACUACAGACAAGAGCACAUGCAAGAAUCAUGAUACGUAUCGGAUUGUGAGCAAGGUAUCGUGAUACAUAGCGGAUUGCACAGUUGGUGUAUCGUCCCAGACCUAAUGUCGACAAUGACUUGUAGGAGUAUUCAUUGAUCACUGCAUAAUAUAUUAUUUAAAAAAAAAAGAUGCUAAACAUUUAGUCAAAAUAUAGUAUAUUUACACAUAUAUUUUUGUUGUUGAUUAGUUAUUUGGAUUACUUUCUGACAAGCAGUUUGUACCUCUACAAAAUGAACUUUUAGCUUGUAGUGAAUGAGAUGGUUUAUCAUCAUUUUGUACAGGUUUUAAUGACAGUUACAUGACUUAUAUGAUGCAGAUGGUGCACACUUGCCACAUUGCACAGGCAUAGUGGUGGCAUACCAAGAACCUUCUCGGGGCGAAUCUGCUCGUUUUUACAUUAUUAAUAGAUAAAGGUUGACCAACACAACUAUUUAUUAUGUUUGAUUCAACUGACCAAAGCUGAUUGGUCAGCAAAAUAUGUAAACCAUAAGUAAAACAUGUGGACUUAUUUGUGAAAGAAAUCUGAUUUUAACACACAAUGAUAAUUAAUUGGUAAAUUUAGCAUGGCUUGAAAGUAUAAAUAACCUGCAGUCCUCAGUGUAUUUGUGCCCAUGUGUUGUCAUAAACAUGAUAAAGACAUUCUUUUGGUUUUUCAGUAACCAAAUUCAAUUGGUGCCAUUUUAGAAUCAAAAGUUGAAAAUACCAUGAGCAGAUGUCAGACCAUGAUGAGAAUAUAUAUCUUUUGUUAGAUCAAUGUUGUGUUUAGGUUGAAAAGAUAUCUGUCCCAAAUUUAUGACAGGUAGAAAUGGUAUCAA